UAUACAUCACCUUAGAGCCUGCCUAGUUGUUGAGUUUUAAAACGGGUACAUAGUAAUGACGAGAAGUGAAAGGCAAUCAACGCGUGAUUACGACACGCACCAGAGCUAUGGAAAUUGCUUGGACUUUUACUGACCCUCCCAUCACCAACUCCACAUAAUUAUGACACUCUCGGCAACUCAACUACUCUUACGCGUCGUACUCGCGCUUCUUCUCCCUCUUUGGGCGCGUUCGACCACCCAGGAUGAGGUGUGGGCAGUCUUUCUCAUGACGACUCUGCUCACGAUACUGGCGUACCAAACGCGCUUCACUGUCGACUUCGGUCUCGCUAAAGGCACUAUGAUAGCGGCGUGUGGACCACUCAUCGCGAGCUAUGUUGCUGACUACACUAUUGUCGGUCCGUGGAUGCAGCUAGUCAUUACGUACCUUCUAUCUUAGGAUGCACUCCAGUACCUCUUCCCUGUUGACGAACACUAUAUUCGUGUCCGAGAAGCACGCCAGAAGCCUCUGAGACUGUCGCCAAUCCUGAACCUG